AUGCCAGCCUGCAGGAGAGGAAGGGGGCCAGUGUGCACCACCUGGAGAGCAACCACAGCAGUCCAGGGAACAGUCAGAGGGAGGACAUGCCUGGGCACCCACUGUGCCAGGAAGGUUGAUGUCUUCUACAAAACCUUCACCCUCAUCAACAAUAACGGUGUGGCCAGGAAGCUGAAGCUGCUGGUGAGCCUUCAUGCCCUGGGUGGCAAGCCCAGUCACAGGGAACCCCUGUGCCAGCAGCACCCAUCCUGGAUGGACAGCAGGCUCACGAGGCCCUGUGGUGCCAAGGACACCACAGUGACUCUGGGCAGCAGCUCUGGGGAGGCAUCCAGAGAUGGCCGCUCCAGCCACGUCACCUGGCGAACAUCAGCUCCUGCCAAUGCAGAGGCCACUGGGCCAGGGGUUCUGCAGGGGUCUAGCUUGGAGGAGCAUCCCUACAAGUGCCUGCAGUGCAGGCGGUCCUUCAAGAAGUCCAUCAACCUGCUGAGCCACCAGGAGACGCAGAGCAAGGGCGAGCGGCUCUGCAAGUGCCCCUUCUGCACCAAAACCUACACCUCAUCCUCAAGACUUCUGAAGCACAUCCGCACCCACACAGGCGAGAGGCCCUACUGCUGCGCCGACAGCAAGGCCUUCGCCCUCCCGUCCAACCUCUGCAAGCACCAGCGUAACGUGCACCACAACGACCAGCCCUUCCCCUGCCCCGACUGUGGGCACACCUUCAACAAGACCCUCUCCCUGCUCCGCCAUCAGUGGGGAUACUUAGGGGCCACACCGUUCCGGUGCCCUGAUGGGAAGGCCUUCACUGUGGCCAGCUGGAUGGUGGAGCACCAGCAGGUCCACACUGGCAAGCAGCCCUUUGUCUACAGCAAGGCUUUCACCAAGUCCUCCAAACUCUUCGAGUACAAGAUGCUGCACACAUGAGAGCGGCCCCACAAGAGGCCCGACUGCAGCACAGCCUUCGCCCAGUCCUCCUGCCUUGCCCACCACCACUGCACUCAAACUGGCGAGUGA